AUGGGGAUUCAUACUCUGGUCUACCAGACCCCGCUGCCCGCCUCGCUCCCCCCGGCUGCCCUCGUCCUGGAAUCGCACUGCGGCCGCCGCUUCAACUCCACCGUCUCCGGUCUCUGGCGGCGUUGCCACCGCGCGGGCUUCGAGCCCGAGAGCGAAGAGCUGAUCCGGAAAGGAGUUAUUCAGCGCUGCACAGCUGUGAAGUAUCACUACACCUCAUCUUCCCUGCCACGCAACUUGCCUGUUAAUAUUACUAACACCAUCCGUCAGGAUGAGUGGCAUGCCCUCCAUCUGCGGAGAAUGACAGCUGGCUUCAUUGGUAUGGCCGUCUCCAUCAUCCUCUUUGGGUGGAUCAUUGGCAUGCUGGGCUGCUGUAAACAGCAUGAGCUCAUGCAAUAUGUAGCUGGACUGCUCUUCCUUAUGGGAGGUACAUGUUGUAUCAUCUCCCUCUGCACAUGUGUGGCUGGAAUAAACUUUGAGCUGUCUCGUUACCCCCGCUAUGUCUAUGGGCUGCCAGAGGACAUCAGUCAUGGCUAUGGCUGGUCCAUGUUCUGUGCCUGGGGAGGCCUAGGACUAACGCUUCUGGCUGGAUUCCUAUGCACACUAGCCCCCUCCCUCAAUACCCCUCGGACUGUUGUACAGAAACCCAGACAGGAAAAUGGUGCCGUGUGAUAACUACAGAAAGAAGAGCACAAGAGACUCUAGCAAGCACAGUCCAGCUCCAGCAGUAGGGUGCUGCCAACACAGC